AUGACAUUUUCCGAAUCCUCCAUGCCAGGCACCUUCUUCCUGGACUCCCCUAUCCCCCCCAAACUCGAUCUCGCCAGUGCCACAUCGCGGUUCUACCACUCCCCCCACACACACCCCGCAGCUUCUUCUCUCUGCCAUUCGGUUGGGCCGGAGCACCAGGGAAGUCGCAAACGUGCAAGAUAUGGGUAUGGCGGAGUGAUGAGAGGGGAUGGCAGCCCCAGCCUGGAGGACGGCUCUGUUACUUUUGCGACUACUACGGCUGCGACUAUGAGGUCCUUGUCACCUGUUGUUGGUGGUGGUAGAGAUGGAACUGUGAAUUCUCGGAAAAGAGGGAGGCGGGAGUCGCUAUUAUCGGAGAGUCCUGAUUCUGAUAAUAAUAAGAAUAAUGCUACUGGGGGAGGCUGGGGCUCGACUGUCGUGAAGAUUGUGGGGGGUGUUGCUGGGAAAGUAUGGGACUUCUGUUGGUCAGGUCCUUUCAGCGGGUUUUACGCAGGGGGAGGUAAGGGGUAUCACAUGGGAUCAGAACCUCAGCAACCGCCCGCACCAUCAUUACCACCAUCACAGGUAGUAGAAGAACCAAAUGCGUGGCAGAAUGUCUGUGAGAAGGAUGAUGUCUUUUCCUCAUCUGGUGGAAGAAAAGAUGGCGGGAUUGCUACGGUUCCGGGACAUUUCCCCGUCGAUUCCUUUCAUAAAAAUCCCCGUGUCCUCCACAACGACCAUGAUGAACUUCAGGGGAACUGGAUCCUGGUUCGGAACGCCAAAAAAUCCAAAGAUGUGCAGGAAGAUGAUAUGAGCCCGUCCUCAACACAUCACUCUUCAGCGCACAAGAUAGCUCGGAAGACUAAUUCAGUUACGCCACGAAGAGUCGCAGUCGGUAGACUUGCCAGAAAACAACCCUUUCUAACUCCCGCACGACCCUCCUCUCCGUCCUCAUCCUCAAAUCACCAUCCUCAUUAUCAUCAGCUCAGUUCUAGCCACGGCAAAACAUCUUACGAACCUGCCAAAUCAAGCAGUCCAACCAAAUAUGGCAGUUCACCGGCUUCCAUUGAAGCGCAGCGACUUGCUGCGAGGGCGAAACGGCGCGAACGGGAGGAGGAUGCUAGUAUUCGCCGGUUGAAUCAACAGCUUAAGGCGAUGAUCAAAGAAGGGAAGGAGGCGCUUGGGACGAAUAUUGAAAUUGAGGAUGAUGGGAUGGAUAUGGAGGAUUGGGAUUGA